AUGUACCGCAGGGUCAAUCAGGCGACGGCGCCGACGAAAUAUACCCGGACCACAGACCGCGAAACAGCACAGUCGCCGACGAACCAGAUUCCAAAGCACAUGACAGGUCGGCGGACGGACAUAUGGCUGAGCUUUUCCAUUGUGACUGUGCCCAUGCUUGCGUUCAGCGCGUUACUCCUGGGACUGGUCUACCACUACCGCGUCACUCACGAACCAGCCACAACCUCCGGUCUGCAUACGGAUGAUAUCGUCGACGAACCCGGCAUAUACUAUGUGGAUCUGAGUGCCACCGUUUUGAUCUUCAUUGCAUCCUGGUCAAGUACCUUGGGACCGCUCCUCGCCGGUUUCCUCAUGACUCUGGGCUCGUACCCUCUCUCGAAGCAAUACUGGCAGGAUGUUCAACACCAGCAACCGGACCUGCCGACGCCGUUUCAGUUUGCACUGAUCCUAAAGUUCUUCGCAAAUAGCGGCUAUGGGUCGUUGUACAGUUGGAUCAAGUAUCUCACUGGCUGGAAGAAUCAAAGACAAUUUCAAUCAAGGCUUUUAACAGGCAGCGCGUCUCUCAUGGUUCUUGCCACAUUCUUGGGCUUUUUGGUCUUUCUUGCAGACACUUGGCUCCAUAUCACGACGUCAACGGUCAACUUUGUCCAGAUCAACCCGGUGGUUAGCGAGACAAACUACAGCAUGGCUCUGAAGCCAGCGUGUCUCGAGUCGGAAAAUACUUUCUCAGCUGCAUUCGACAUCAGAGGAGCAUGCAACGUGAACCCCGCGGCGACCCAGACCUUUCUCGUCGACCCCAAUCAGAGUUUGAAGACGCUGAACAACAUUUCCGACACCCUCGCCGUCUUCAACAACGGGCCCGACCCGACAUACACAUAUCUCGGCAUUCCACCGUCCGACAGCGUUGCCGGCCGGGACUACACAGCCACCACCUACGGAAUGCGCACUGAAUGCAAACCCGUCUCGAGCAAAUGUAAUCUGAUUGCGCUGUACGGCGCAUCCACCCCAUUCAUGUGUUCAGACGCUUUCGCGGGUGACCUACAAACAACUGCCAGUGGAUGGCGCUACACAUAUUUCACCAACCACACCAUGAAAUCCAACACGACCAUAAACGGAGUGCAGAACCCUUACUAUUACGGACUGGCAGCCUUGGUCAUGAACCCUGGCCAGUCAGCCUAUGAUGAAAACAACACGGAAAUUCCCGAGCUCGUCACGCCGGUGCACGGGGGCAUCGCCUUUGUGUUGCUGUGUAGCAUCACGGUCUAUGACGUUGAAUACGACUCCGUCAACGGCACGAUCACGCGGUUCGUGACCACCCCGAGCAACAGCUCCGUUGCCAACGUUUGGCACGCUCCCAUGGCCUACGUGAACGUGGCGCAGUCGAACCUGCAAACGGCGGCGUCAAUCGCCGCUUCCACGGCAAAAGACGCCCAAGACCUGGCGGACCAAAUGUCCCUCGCCUACAGCAAAGCCGCCCUGGCUGUCGGCGCACAGUCCGUGCAAAGGACACCGGCCGUCGCAGCCCAAGAGCGAACGUCGUUCCUCGUGACCCGCCUACCCAUGGCGCCACUCUUCGGCCUACUUUCUGCAAAUCUCGCAUUCGUGCUGUUGGGGCUGGUCCUGACGGGCAUCGCGCUGCGCACGUCGGGAGGCGAGGUCCGGGAAAUCCAAGCUCGGCUGAGCAUUGUCGGUCUCGUCGCGGAUCGGUUCGAGGGCGGCAGAGCGAAAGACCCGGUGGAGGACACGGACGAGCUUUUUGAGGAGCACGAUGGCACCACGGGCACCAGGGUGGGAAUGGAGCGCACGGGAACGGGGGGAUGGGCGUACCGGCAGUGGUCGACGACGACGGGUUGA